ACACACCGGCGCUCAUCAUGAAGUUCGAGGACAUUAUCUCUGACGUUGGCGGAUUCGGGAGGUUCCAGAAGAUGAUAGUGGCCAUCAGCUUCAUAGGUCGCUUCACACUGCCCUGCCACUUUCUGCUCAACAGCUUCAUCGCGGCGGUUCCUGCGCACCACUGCCUUGUCGCUGCCGGAGGGCUCUUCCCGAAUCUGUCCCAGGCAGACAGGCUCACCGUCAGCAUCCCAUUGGAGGAGGACGGCACUCGCAGCUCCUGUCGGAUGUUCGCCGAACCUCAGUAUCAUCUGCUUUUCAACACGUCUGACGUCACUCAGGUGCUCACCUUGCCUUGUCUGGAUGGGUGGGUGUAUGACAACACUACCUUCAAAUCCACACUGGCCACCCAGUGGGACCUGGUGUGUGAUCAAAGAAGCAGAAGCCAAUCCACGGCUACAAUCUUCUUUGUUGGCGUAAUGUUUGGAGCUGUGACUUUUGGAAGUCUGAGUGACAGGUUCGGUCGGAGGAUCAUGCUGCUGACAUCUUAUCUCUCUGGAAUGCUGUUUGGUCUCGCCAGUGCUUUCGCCACAUCCUUCCUGAUGUUUGCAGUGCUGAGAUUCCUGACCGGCUUUUGCAUGACUGGCAUAGUCAUCGUCUCUUUGGUUCUCUGUGUGGAGUGGGUGGACAUAGAGCACAGAAAGACGGUUGGAAUUCUUGACAGUCUUUCCUGGGCCUUUGGGAGCAUUUGCUUUGUACCCAUUGCUUACCUUGUGAACGACUGGAGGUGGUUGACUGUUGCCGUCACUUUGCCCGUCCUCCUGGGUCUCUUUACAUGGAGGUGGAUGCCUGAGUCGGCUCGAUGGCUCAUUGCCAACGGAAAGCUGGAGGAAGCUCAUUUGUGUCUCGUCAAAUGUGCCAAAAUAAACGGCACUGAGGCGUUGUGCCAUGGACUUCAACCUGAGACUCUGUCCUCCAUCGUGGUGACAGAGAAGAAAAGUCGAGUGUAUUCCUACUUGGACUUGAUGAGAACACCUAAAAUGAGAAGACUGUCCUUGUGCACUGGUUCUCUUUGGUUCACCAUAGCGAUUGCAUUCUACGGCAUCACCUUCAAUAUCAGCGGCUUUGGCCUUAAUGUCUACCUCACUCAGUUGCUCUACUCAUCAGUGGAAGUGCCGGGCAAAUUGUCCAGUUUCUUCUUACUGGACAGGAUUGGACGGAAGCGUACGCUGUUGGGAAUGUUGACCAUGCUUGCUGUCACUCUCGGAAUCAACAUUUUGAUACCAAAAGAUAUGUCAACCCUGAGAACAAUGGUGGCAGUCGUAGGAAAAGGCUUUUCUUCAGCAUCAUUUUGUACCAUAGUGCUCUACUCUUCUGAAUUGUUUCCCACAGUUGUCAGACAAAACGGGAUGGGCUUCAACUCAUCUAUGGCCCGAAUUGGUGUGGCCCUCGCUCCUCUGAUCCUUUUACUGGAUGACGUCUGGAAGGACCUGCCCCAACUCGUCUUGUUCUCCUCAGCUGUCCUGGCAGCAAUCCUGGCAUCGCAGCUGUCAGAGACACGCGGCCACUGCCUGCCAGAGACAAUUGAGGAUGUUGAAGGGGAAAAAAUAAGCCCAAACUUUGGUUCUCCCUGUAAUGUUACCUGAUAAGAAUUUCAUCAUAGCUUGUAAAGUUGGACCACUACCUUUGUCAUCCUGUUUCUCUCACACAUUCUCACUCAUGAAGCCUUGCAGCUUUUAUCAGGUAACUUGAUCUUUUGUGGAUUCAACUGGUAAACGAAUGCUUUAGAAUGAAGUUGAUGUGUAACACAUCAAGUGCAUUUCUGUCAUGACAUUCACAUUAGUAUUUAAAGCAUCAAGGUGUAGUAAGUCAAAGCUCCUUUAAUAAAGAAACAAAGC